AGAGUCGGGGAGGUAGAACCACUUCCGGCAUGUGGCGGACUCAGCUACCGCAGAGUUACCCGCAAGAGAGCGGGAGGAAACAGGCAGGAGACUAGCGGGGCCGGUUCCAAACCAUAGAGAGGUGCAGGGUUGGAGCUAGAGCGGAGACGAGCUGACGCCCAAGGAAGGCGGGGCACCCAAUUAGACCAUAGAGCUGGGGAAGGGCCCAGGCUAGAACAUACCGGAUGGGAAACGGGAUGAUGGGCGUGGCCAUGUAACCAUAGAGAUCGAGCUGUUGCUAGACAAGGUUGGCUGUCUAAUGAGGCUAGAACAGUGUUGCUCACACUUCUGUGCUGGUGACCCCCCUUUCACCCAGCGAGCCUAGGAGUGCGACGCCCCUUGCAAACUAAAACACGUGUUUUGUAUUUAACACUCUUACAAAUGCUGGAGGCAAAGCGGCUUUGGGGGUGGAGGCUGACAGCUCGCGUCCCGUCCCCGCCCCCACGUAAUAACCUUGUGAACCCCUGAAGGGUCACAAUCCCCAGUGUGAGAACCUCUGGCCUAGAAUAGCUGGAGGGCUAGUGUUCCCCCACAGGAGGAGGAGAGGGUGUAGGGGAGGGAGAGAGGCCCCCUGGGGCAGCCCACCUCAGGCAGGGAUCCUGCAGGGCUUCGGGGACAGCGGCGAUGGGAGCAGCUGGGAAAGUGGGGGGUUGGGGUGAUCACAGUGGGGUCUGUGGGGUGACAAGGGCUGUCGGAGUGGGGAGUUCAUUGUGAGGGCUGUCGGGCAGUAGGGCUGUGGGGUAAUAAGGGCUGUGGGGGGUUCAUUGUGAGGACUGUCAGUGGGGCGACAAGGGCUGUGGGGGGUUCAGGGGGUGAUCACAGUGGGGGCCAGCAGACAGUGGGGCUGUGCUGUUAUUUGCGGUUCGCCCCCAGAGUCCCCUGUACCUGGAGCAGGAACAGAGCUGCCAGAGCCCAGACACAGCCUGUACCAUCAUGCUGGGCACCACCAGACACUCUCUCCCUUUGACCCCAGGCAGCACCUCCCACAAUGGGCCCCUGAGAGAGGCGGCGACACUGCAGUGUGGGACCUGGGGCUGACCCCACAGCCAGCAGGGCUGGAGCAGGCCCUGCCCAAUCGCCCCCGCAAACACAUCACAAGAACGUGCCCUACCCUGGCUGCCAGUCUUACCACCUGCCUGCCACCUACAAAUGCCCUGGGUUGAAUAUCCCUGUGGCGGUGCCUGUCUCUGCUGCUGCCAAUUUUAUGUGGAAAGGGGCAUCUGAUGGUCUGAGCCUCCUGCUAAACAGAGCCAGGCAGCUCGUCCUAGGCAGUGUGCAUGCCCGGUUUGUCACACCCCACCACCAUAUUACACAUGGGGAAAUUGAGGCACAGAACGAGGCAGGGACUUGCCCAAGCUCAGAAUCAGGGCAGAACCCAGUUCUCCUGACUCCCAGUUCCUGGCUCUACCCACAAGAGCACGGAGCUUUUGUCUUUAGAAGGGAAGCAGCGACACAGUUGAGCCUGAGAGGCCAAGAGAGGCAGGGAACGGCUGCAGGGGAGCCAGCCAGGGGCCUGGAGUAGGUGGAAUCUACCCCGUCUUUUCCUUCUGCCGCAUGGAUGAUGCCCACAUGACUGCCUAGCGCCCCAGCAUCUGGCUGGGUUGGCGUGCCAGGCCCCAGAGCUGCACUGGGGACAGACCAGUUGUACUACAUCGAGUGGCCUGGAUGGUCCUCAGAGACAUUCACGAGGAUGGGGCGGGGGGGUAGUCUCCUUCCUGAUUGGCUGCCUGGGCAGUGGGGAGCAACCCCCAAAUCCCUGAUGCUCCAGCAGCCAAGCGCCUGCAUCUCACAGGCUCAGGAGGGCGACCCUGGCCGUGUUUGGGCACCCCUAGCAGUACAGAGAGGAGAGGCCCUGUGGUCCCCCUUGCACUCCCCAUGGCUCUGUUUGCUCCAGCCCCAGAGUGCCAAGCUGGAUGGCUGGUGUCCCCUGGAGUGGGGCCAGUACCCUGAAGUGGGAAAGGGAAGAGCUCCAGGUGUUGUCGGGGUGGGAUCCCUUGUGGCUGUUUGGCCUUUUGCUUCACUCCCCAUUUGCUACCUCUCAGCACAAGGGUCCCCUGCCAGGGUCAGUGGCUGCACUUCCUGCCUGGUGAGGUCCUCCCUUAGCCCCCCAGGCUCGUCCCAGGGGUCUCAUCCAUGUGACCCUGGGAGAGUGGAGCUCCCCCUACCUCCACUUCCCCAGAGGACCAGGGGAGCUAGCAGAGUGGAGGAGUGUGAAUGAAAGUGGCACCUGUUCCUUUCCUGGUAAAAAUAGGCUGCACUGCCCCGGGAUGGGGAAUGUGCCAAGGGUGGUGACACAAAAAGCGGGACAGAGGAGGAUUAAGCCCAGAACCAGCCUGCCCUGUGGAGCAGCCAGCAGAGAUGGAGGAACAGGAAGGUGCACCCAGGCCGACAGCAGAGGAGCCCGGGGCCACAGCUAAGGAGGCUGAAGGGGUGGCUGGGACUGGAGCCAAGGAGGUGGCUCGGGGUGGGGAUGGGCUGGGGGAGAAGGGGAGAGCAGGGAAUUCUGGGAGCAAUGCUAAGGGGGACAUUCAGGCUGGGAGAGCAGGGGAUUCUGGGAGUGAUGCUAAGGGGGGCGGUGAGGCCAGCAAAGCUGGGGAUUCUGGGAGCGAUGCAAAGGGAAGCGGUGAGGCUGGGGGAGCAGGGGAUUCUGGGAGCUAUGCUAAGGGAGGCGGUGAGGCUGGGGGAGCAGGGGAUUCUGGGAGCGAUGCUAAGGGAGGCAGUGAGGCCAGCAGAGCAGGGGAUUCUGGGAACGAUGCUAAGGGGGGCGGUGAGGCCAGCAGAGCUGGGGAUUCUGGGAGUGAUGCAAAGGGAAGCGGUGAGGCAAGCAGAGCAGAGGAUGCUGGGAGAGAUGCUCAGGGAGGUGGUGAGGCCGAGGGAGCAGGGGAUUCUGGGAGAGAUGCUAAGGGGGGUGGUGAGACCGAGGGAGCAGGGGAUUCUGGGAGAGAUGCUAAGGGGGGUGGUGAGGCUGGGGGAGCAGGGGAUUCUGGGAGAGAUGCUAAGGGGGAUGGUGAGGCCGAGGGAGCAGGGGAUUCUGGGAGAGAUGCUAAGAGGGAUGGUGAGGCUAGGGGAGCAGGGGAUUCCGGGGCUGGGGCAGAGGAGAGGGCAGAGGGUGGAAAGAGGACUGGGGCAGAGGAGAGGGAGGCAGUAGGUGGGUCUGGGCUUGAGCCCCAGGAUGGGGCUGGAGGGGCUGAGCCAGAGAUGCAAGAGGCUGAAGCCGAGAGGACCAACGGUGCCGUGGCCAGAGAGGGGCGUGGUGGGAGCACCUCAGAGGAGCCGCUGUCCCCAGAGAUGGAGGGCGAGGAGGAGGAGUGGGGUGAACCUGCACCCAGCUCCCCAGACGAGGGGCUGGCCAGCCCCACAGGGGAUGCUGCCUUUGGGAUGGAGACUGGGGCCUCCCAGCCGGGAAGCACCUCCCAAGGCCGAGAAGCCGCUCAUGGUGGCAGCACCAGCACUGAAGGGACAGCCCAGCAGGACAACGUGCAGAGCCCUGCACCUGAAGGAGUUGCACCCCCCAAGGAGAAGCCAAAGAGACCAGCGCUGGAUCGGAGGGAGCUGACCCGACCCCGCCUGGCACCCAGGGCCCAGUCCCGCAAGGCUCUUGUGGAGAAAUUUGGGGGGGCAGCCAGCGGCCCUGCCCCCAACAUCAAGAAGACUGGAGGUGCCAAUGCCAUCAAGAACAUGCUGCUGGAGUGGUGUCGUGCCAAGACGCGUGGCUAUGAGCACGUGGACAUCCAGAACUUCUCCUCCAGCUGGAGCAGCGGCUUGGCCUUCUGCGCCCUCAUCCACAAGUUCUUCCCUGACGCCUUCGACUACACAGCCCUCGACCCGGCCAACCGCAGGGAGAACUUUGCCCUGGCUUUUGCCACUGCUGAGAAGCAUGCCGACUGCGCCUCACUGCUGGAGGUGGAGGACAUGGUGCGCAUGAGCGUCCCGGACUCCAAGUGCGUCUACACCUACGUCCAGGAGCUGUACCGCAGCUUGGUGGACAAGGGGCUGGUGAAGACCAAGAAGAAAUGAGGUCUGUCCUGGGGCUCUCCCCCAAUGUGGCAUCUCCUCCGCUGGUAACUCUCCACAGCCAUCUCCUGCCUGCCCCCUUCCCCGCAGCUCACGUGUGCACGUGAGACCUUGGCAGAUCCAGUAAAGCAGAACUGCUCCAAGCUCAGGCAGA